AUGGAAGAAAUAGAUUAUGUUCCCCUUUUAGAGUGCCUCAAUGGGGGUGUUGAAGCUUUUGCCGGAGAGGACAGUUUGAUCCUUCAAGGGGAUGGUAUAAAUAAUGCAUUUAACAGAGGAUGUGGUCGUCCCAAGGUAAAAAAUACUAUAGGUUUCAUGCAUGACAGUGGCACCGGUAAGGCUCAAGAAAUCACUGGUGUUCAAGAAAGUGGUCAGACUGCAAAAAUGCAUUGCCUUUUCUCCUUGCCAUCAAAGUGUAGCUCCUUGGCAGAAUCUCAAGGAUAUAUAUAUCACACAGCGAAGGAUCAGCAUAGAUGCCGAUUUUUGCAACAGAUAUUUGAAGAAGAGACUCCUCGAGAUAUGCAGCUAAUAUUUAGUGAGAUAGUUGAUCAUGCAGCUGAACUCAUGAAAAAUCCAUUUGGGAAAUACCUUAUGCAAAAACUGUUGGAUGUGUGCAAUGAAGAACAGAGUACUCAAAUUCUGCUUAGGGUGACUGAGGUGCCAGACACAUCCAAUGAAGAACAGAGUACUCAAAUUCUGCUUAGGGUGACUGAGGUGCCAGAGGAUCUUGUUAGGAUCUCUCUCAAUACACAUGGGUAA